UGGGAGCCCGUUGGAAAUGCCAACGACUUCCACAAGUUCCUCGGGCACUUCCGGUUCCACAGGUUCUAUAUAGUCUUCUAGUCAAAUGGCGGGCGCGCAGUUCAGCCCGUUGACCCCGCGUGAGAGGGAGCUCAGAGAGAUCCAGCAGGUCGAGAGGUUCCACCGUAAGUUAGAGCAGGACCUGAAAGACGCUACUGAUAGAGAAAAUGCGAUGAAAACUAGAGCAGCCAGGCUUCAAACUUUAGAGGCUGACAAGGCUGAAUUAGAGGGCUUGGAUGAGUCAUCAUUGACUAACCCUCUGAAAGUAUUGACGAAGAAUAUGCUGCCAUUGCACGCACACAUGGACAACAAAUUAGACUUCAUGCAAAGCACUCUAGACCAGAUCCUGGAUGCAUUGGCAAGGCUAGGAUUCCGGCCACCGGCACAAUCGUCGUUGCCGUUAUCGGCGAUGUCAGGCCCCUUUCCGGUUCAAGCUGGCACACAGCCAAGUGGCACAUCUGCAGCAGCCGCACAGACUGUUGCAUCUUCUUCUUCGGGUCCAGCGGUGGUUGCUACACCACCGCAAGAGGCUAGUCCUCAACAAGGACAGCCGCAAGGUCAAUGGUACCCUAAGACCCCAUUGAAACCACCUCUUGCCUUCUCAGGCGUGAGAAAGGACGAGGAACUCAACACAUGGUUGAGGACCGUCCCGGUUUGGGUGAAGGGAAAGAGGACCUUGCCUGAGGACGAAGUGGUAACCGCUGCAUCUUACCUCGAGGGUAAGGCAGCCAAAUGGCUAGAUGGUGUAGUGAUAAAGGUCGGGUAUGGGAAACGCAUGGCGGACUGGGCUGAGUCUCUGACGUUAGACCAGUUCAUGGAAAUGGUAGAAGCUCGCUGGCAUAAUCCACAGGAGGCACAGAAAGCCACUGAUGCGAUAAACAAGUUGGACCAACGAAAGUUCAAAUCGGUGAUAGAGCUUACGACGACCGUUGAGAGUCUGAUCCUCAUCCCAGGCAUUAACUACAGCGACCAGUUCCUCUUGACGACGUUUGUCAAAUGUCUCCCAGAGAACAUCAGAAACUUAGAGGCCUGUGAGGCACACACUAAGUACCACUCGUUUGAGACAUUGUCUAUGAAAGCCUUAGACUUAGAGGCCACGCUAGGCAAUGCUCAACCCACCUCAGGAAAUGACUCAAAGAAGAAGAAGAGUCCUCAGGAGUGGAAAAAGAUGGGGGCGAAGUUGAUGGUGGUGGAGUCCGAUGGGACCCAAACUGAAAUCGACGAGCUCACUGACCUGAUGGGCUACACAGAGUUUGACGGCGAGGAGGUAGCUGAGGGUAGCACCCUCGUCGCAGUAGUGAAGACUAAGGCAGGUGGCCGAGGGAAGGGCCAACCUAGGAGUCAAGGGAAGGCUGCCUCCAAUUAGACCAAGCAGGCUGAGUGGGUUAAGGUAGGUCUUGAUCAAGACGUGUGGCGUGAUCGCCGAGUGCGUGGCGCUUGCAUCAAUUGC